GGAAAAGGCACGUGACUCGUUUUCGCAUUUGUAUUUAUUUCCCGUCAGUUCUUGGCCAUCUUUACAGAUUCAUAUACUUUCAUAUAAAAGGGACAACAUGGAUGAUCAAACAGUGUUGCAAACACUCGUGCAGCAGCAACAGUCUGAACACCAGGAUCAAUCACAGACAGAUCGGCUGGAGCAGCAAAAUCAUGGGCAGAAUAAUCAGAAUCAUGUAGUGCUCAUAUCGAAGUUGCAUCAACAUAAACAUCCUGCACAAGAAGGCGUUCAGCGCGACCAACAAUCGGACGAAGGUGAAAAAAGUACCAUCAACUUGGCCAAAACUGAUUCCUUUCAGACUAUAUCAAAUGAUAAAGAAAAUGAACAUCUCCUUCAUCAAACUACAAGGGCACUUUUUGAACAGCACGACCAACUCAUAACGGCUACAGGAGCGGUUACUGUGCAUGCUCUUCAAAGUUCAGCAAGUAGUGAAGUUCAAGGGACCCAUACCCAUAUUACGAAUUCCUUAGAUUCUAUUCCUAUCACUACUUCUGCUAUUUCGACUUCGACAGCUGUCACUGGUGAUGCAGUCUCCCCAGUUGUUAGUCCCAUUAUUACUAGGUUAACAACAUUUGAUCCUGCAAUGGCACCAGUAGUAGCUACGACUUCUAACACAGCCAGUGCGACGGACUCUUCAGACGUCGUAUCGUCUUUGGCAACUUCUUCAUCGUCAGCAGCAGCAUUGGCGCCUAUUUCAGUCUCAAAGGGACCAUCCAACGUUCUUGUCAAUAACAGAAACGAUGUGAUUAGUCCAACGAAUGAUCCACCAAUUAUCAACUCAUUAGGUUUGGAUAUUAACAAUAGAUUUGAAAAGUGCCCAACUAUAAUCAAAUGGCCAGCCAAUGAAUGGGAGACGUGGCUAGAACAAGAAAAAACACAUUGUAGAUGGAAUCUGAUCCGGCACCGUUACCGGGAUAAGCAAGUGUUUGCGCGGGGUCCAACUGCAAGUGAAUGGACGCGCGAGUACCAUUGUGAUCAUGCAGGACAAUAUCGUGAUCGCAAAAACCCUAAUAUUGAUCCCAGUAAGAAACGCAAGAGAACCGGAAGUAUUAAAUGUAACUGUCCGGCUUUUAUCAAGAUGCGCAAGAGUUUUUCCGAUGAUGACGUGGUGAUAGAGUACUACUGGAAACAUGAGGGGCAUAUACCAGAUUUGAUGGAGGAUAUUAAGGCCCAGAGACUGCCGCAAGAUCUCAAGGCAUGGAUAAAACGGCGCGUCAAUGAAGGCCAUGACUGGAAGUCCGUAAAGGGCAUGAUGACACAGAAUUCACCUUUGCUCGACGAGCUGCAUCCAACCACCAAGGCAAACGUUAGGUUGCUCCUACAGGCCAGUUAUGCUCAACAUGCCAAUACUUUGCGUCAAAUGAAGAGCAAGCAGCACAGUGGUAGUAGUAGUAAGCGGUCUUCAGGAGCAAGUAGCCCUAUAGGAGAAGCGAGUAACGGCAACAAUACAAACAUUAUCACUUCCACACCACGGAAAAUAGCGAUUGCACCGCGCCCUAUAUCAUCAUCCAUAACAUCAGGACAGGGCAGCGCACAAACAACAUGGCAGUUUGAUUCAAACGGCAGCUCUGUUCAGCAACAUGAACAAUUAAAUGGCACAGCCACCGACAAUCAAACGUUAGCUGUGCAUAGGUUAGUUCCGAAUCAAGUUUCUAAAGACAAAGAAAUGACAGUAUCAGAGACAACCCAGCACCAACAAGACAAUUCACCACGGUCAGUACAAGCACUGUAUCCGAAUCAACAACCUCGAGACAUGAUGCUUCAGAUGCUGCGUGCAAUUGCAGAUUUACAGAAGGAAAUGGAAGCAAACGAAGAGUACGUGUCACAGGAGGAUGCUAACCAUAUCAUUGAAUCCUUUGCACUACCAAUCCGACUGAUGAAGGAGGCGCUUGAGCGAAGGGUUGGUAGCCGUUAAAAAAAAAGAAAAUAAAAAUAAAAAUAAAAAUAACAAUGUCAG